CUCACUCCUCCCUCCCUCCCCCAACUCUGCAGCGUUCCUCUUCCGCCAUGCCAAGAACCCACAUCCCCGUUAUGAACGUCGGAACUUCUCCACCAAUCUCAGCUGGCAGCACUAUGGAGGAGGGUGGUCGGUACAAAUCUCCACCGGCAGCACACAAAUGUAUAUUCCAUCUCCUCAACAGCUUAGGAGUUCUCCUCCAGGUGAAGCAUGCGACCGGAAAUUUACCAUCUCCAUUUGUCACAGACCACAACACUGUUGUGAUGUUGAUUGCUGAUUUACUCACUUACGCGGGUACAUUGCAGACUGCCAACAUUCUACAAGCUUCCAACAAUACAAAUAUAUACGAACUGAUGAACAACACCAGCCUCUUGUGUGGAACUCUUGCGUUGGUUCUACUGGUGCUCCUCCUCGUUCCAGCUUUCGGGUGGUUUACUCUUGCAUGUUGGGCCUUAUAUUUUUUGAUAAUUGGGACCAAGUCCUACCAAACGCUAAGAACACUGUGUGCUGACGCUGUUCCUUAUGUCCGUGACAAAAUGAAGGAGCUGAUGAGGAGGUUGAACGGUAGCGAAGAACCCCAGAACGAGGGAGUUUGAAUACUCCCACUGAUCAAGAUUUCUGCCCCUGUUUCUCUUCACUUUUGGGGUUUACGACUCAUUCGCUUUGAACUCGUUGAAAUUAUUGGCUUGUGUGUGCUUCUGUUAUGAAUUGCGUUUGGGUGCUUUGGGUUUUGUUUGUAUUGCAUAUUGGUUGUUGGGCAGUGGUUUGAAUUGGAGUUGGAAUUCGUUCUGGAACGUACGAAGGUUAUAUUUUUGUCGGUGGCUUUUGGGUUUUUGAGUAAGGCUGUGUUUGUUAUGGAUUUGGGAUUCUAAUUUUGCAGU